UUCGAGAUUACCCCGACAAGCGUUUCUACGUUGACAAGGAUCGCGGCGAGGUCUCCCUCGCUUGGAAGAAGCUCAUUCGGUGCCCUCCUGCACCUGCUGGCUCCUUGCCGACCGUGGAGUGGAACAUCCCGAACUUGCUCUCCCUCGGCCUGGACAAGCGCGUGCUCGAG